AUGACGGUUCUUGAUUACAUCCGUCACCUCUUUAGUAAAAAUAGAGAAAAAAAAACAACCGUUAUGAAUUUUUUGUACUCGAUUUUAAUACUUUGUAUCGUUACCUUCCUUGCAACGAAGGUUCAUUCCUGCAAUGAGUUCGUGUGUGGUUCGGUCGUGUCAAAAUGUCUCCUCACCCAAAGUUGUCAAUGCAAAUUGACAGAUUGUUUUUGCUGCAAGGACUGUCUAAACUGUUUGGGAGACUUAUACACCGAGUGUUGCAGCUGUUUGGAAAUGUGUCCCACACAAAAUGCCACCGAGGCAGCCCUGUCACCGAAAUCACAAAUUGGUGAUUUUGACGGAAUAGCAGCAUUAUUUGACACACUGACCGAAUUCGACGAUGAUAAGUGGACAAUUUAUCGGUUUCCCAUGAAGGCGGGCUUAAAGAAACAUUUCGAUGAGACAAGCCGAUUGAGAGACGAUAUUGAUUUGGAAGCCAUGCAGAUGAAGGCAUCAUCAGUCAAGGCUUCAGUUCCAGUUCCAGUUGUCAAUUGUACGGUGAUAUUUUUGAACACGUGCACAUCGAAUAAAAAAUGCAUGCAAUAUUGUGAGAGCAUGGGAGCGAAUAGCUAUCGAUGGUUUCAUGAUGGCUGUUGUGAGUGCGUCGGAGCUGAAUGCAUAAAUUAUGGCAUCAAUGAGAGUAAAUGCCAAGAGUGUCCAGAACCAAGUCCAGAAGAGGAUUUGAAACCAAAUAUGAGUAUGGAAGCAUUUGAAGAGGAUUACGAAGACGAAGAUAUGUGGGAUUAUGGAGGAGAGGAGGAAUUUAAUUUUAACUAAUCCAACGCAAACGACAACUCAUGUUUGACUUGUGUUUGUUGGUGACUGGUGUUAAGUGAAAAAUGUUAUAGGUUUAUAUGAAUUAGGUAUGUUUGUUUUGAAAACCAGUAAAAAAAAUGUCACUUUAC